UCUCUGCUGCAGGGGUUCCCAAGCUCUCGGCCUCCCUCCUCCAGUGGGCCCACAUCACCUGCCCUCCUUACACUCCUCCCUGCUAACCUUGACCAGAGUCGUCAUGCCUCGUGGUAACAAGAGUAAGCUCCGUGCCCGUGAGAAACGUCGCCAGACCCAAGGCGACGCCCACAGUGUCGACGGUGCUCAGGCAAUUGCAGCAGAGCAGGAAGGGUCCCCGUCCUCUUCCUCUCCUCCUUUUGGGGGGUCUCCCCCGAGCUCCCCUGCUGCUGGCAUUCCCCAGGGGCCUCAGAGCGUCCCGCCCAUCACCACUGGUGCUGCUGGUGCUUCGGGCACAAGAGCUGCUGGAGGGGCCGAGGGCCAAGAUGAGGGAGGUCCAAGUUCCUCUGCGGCCCCAGCCCCCACUGAGAGGUCUCAAAGAGACCCCGUAACCCGGAGGGUGAGCAUGUUGUUGCAGUUCCUGCUGUACAAGUAUAAAAUGAAAGAGCCCAUUACGAAGGCAGAAAUGAUGAAGAUCAUCAACAAAAGGCACAAGGAGCACUUCCCUGACAUCCUGAGGAGAGCCUCUGUGCACCUGGAGGUGGUCUUUGGGCUUGAGCUGAAGGAAGUCGACUCCAAAGGUGAAUCCUAUGCCCUUGUCAGCCAAUUGGAGAUCAGCAAGGAAGAGAAUUUUAUUGGUAGCAGGGGGUUUCCCAAGAAUGGGCUCCUGAUGCCUCUCCUGGGCAUGAUCUACAGGAAUGGUGACCGGGCCACCGAGGAGGAGAUGUGGGCAUUCCUGAAUGUGCUGGGGAUCUACGAUGGGAAGUGGCACUUCAUGUUUGGGGAGCCCAGGAAGCUCAUCACCAAAGAUUUGGUGCAGGAAGAGUACCUGGAGUACCGGCAGGUGCCCAACAGUGAUCCUCCACGCUACGAAUUCCUGUGGGGUCCCAGAGCCCACACUGAAGGCAACAAGAAAAAAGUCCUGGAGUUUUUGGCCAAGAUCAGUGCUACAGACCCCGGUGCCUUCCAAGCCGUGUAUGAAGAAAUUUGGAUUGAAGAAAAGAGGGCCGCAGACAGAGAAUGCGCCAGGGCCAGUCCUAAUGCCAGGGCAAGGGCCCCUUUCAGGGUGAAGUCCAGCAUGUCCUCCCACCUCUAA